UUUGGUUCGAUUUGAUUCGUCUCUCACAGACAUUUGCACGCUUUAAUUCAAUAAACAGAAGGUUACACGUGCCAAAUGAAACGCACCGUUUCAAAAUCUAAAGAAGGAAGGAUCCGUUUUGAUCAGAUCAGUAUUGAAUUUUCUCGAAGAGAAAGGAAGAUGAGCGAGGUAUUUGAAGGGUACGAGCGACAGUACUGCGAGCUCUCAACCAAUCUCUCCAGAAAAUGUCAUUCUGCUUCGCUUCUCUCCCACGGAGAAGAGAAGAAGGAGAAGCUUGUUGAGAUUAAGUCUGGAAUGGACGAAGCUGAUGUCUUGAUCCGGAAAAUGGAUCUUGAGGCAAGAAGUUUGCAGCCGAGUGCUAAAGCUGUGUGCCUUUCUAAACUAAGAGAGUAUAAAUCUGAUUUAAACCAAUUGAAGAAAGAAUUCAAACGAGUGUCUUCCCCAGAUGCUAACCAAUCUACACGUGAAGAACUGAUGGAAUCUGGAAUGGCGGAUGUGCAUGCGGUAUCAGCUGAUCAGAGUGGGAGGUUGGCAAUGUCAAUGGAGAGGCUUGACCAAUCAAGCGACAGAAUCAGGGAGAGUAGAAGACUUAUGCUGGAGACAGAAGAGGUUGGCAUCUCAGUUGUUGAAAAUCUCAGUCAGCAACGGCAAACCCUCCUUCACGCUCACUCUAAGCUUCAGGGUGUGGAUGAUGCCAUUGACAAGAGCAAGAAAGUGUUGACUGCUAUGUCUAGAAGAAUGACGAGGAACAAAUGGAUCGUUGGUUCGGUCAUCGUGGCUCUCAUCCUCGCCAUCAUCUUGAUCAUCUCAUACAAGCUUUCUCAUUGAUAUACUCAAAUAUUCAUCAUGAUUAUUGUGUAUAUAGGAUGGUUGAUUCACUAUGUAUUGGAGUGGAAAUACUUCCAAACAUUUAUUAUAUAUACGUCAAAGGUAAGGUCUAUGUCUAAUGGUAAGAAAUUAAAACACAUGGCAUGAAGUACCUCAGGUCUCAGUUAAGCUGUUUGUUUUCUUGUAAUGUAAUGUGCAAGUUUAUACAAUUUUGAAGUCAUUGGUUCUUGUUACCGAAUAAAAACCACGUUUUUUUCA